AUGGCGAUACUCACUGACGAUGCCGACUAUGCCGGCGAAACGUUUGGGAAUGUUCCACGUCCACGGUUCAACUUUGGAAAUGAUCAUGCAGACAAUGGCCCGAAACGUUUGGGAAUGUUCCACGUCCACGGUUCAACUUUGGAAAUGAUCAUGCAGACAAUGGACCCCGGAAGAGGUGCGUUCCAAGGAGUCUUCCUACCAAUAUGA